CGCUUGGCACGCAAACCGCAAUAUGGAGAGACCGCCUGACAGCGGAGGCUGCACGGAGAUCACGGGCUGGGAAGACGAAAUCCAGGAGGUGCGCAUCACCGGCGAGGAGGGCUGGGAGUCACCGUUGGUCCUCACUCCAAGCGCGGACCGCAGCUCCCCAGUUGCGCCCGACUCUCACCCGAGCACUCCGGACGGCACCCGGUUGAGCGACAACACGCGCUUGGCAACACGCUAUGCCGUGCGCAUCUUCAGGGAAUACCUGCGCGACAGGGCGCGCAGUCCGGACUUUGAAAGCCUGGACAAGGCGGAACUGUGCGCGCUGCUGCGCUCCUUCUACGCGGAAGCGCGCUCCAAAAGCGGCCAGUUGUACAGCAAGUCGUCUCUCGUCAGCAUCCGGAGCUCGCUCAACCGCUACCUGAACGAGCCGCCCCAUUGCCGCACGCUGGACCUCACCAAGGACCCGGAGCUGCGCGGGGCCAACCUCACCUUGGCGGCGGUCAUCCGGCGGCUGGAGGAGCGGGGCGGCGGGCCGGUGGUGCAGAAGCAGGCCAUCGCGCGCUCGGACCUGUGCCGCCUCUACGAGUCAUCCAUGUUCGACGCGUCCACGCCGCCGGGGUUGCUCAACAAAGUUUGGUUCGAGACCUGCAUGUACUUCAGCACUAGAGGACGCGAGAAGCAGCGCGAGCUCCGCGAGGACUCGUUCGCGCUGGCCACCGACCAGCAAGGCCGGAAGUUCGUCUACUUCCGAGACACGCGCGGGAGUCGGAAAACGACCACCAAGGACGACGUCACUUUUCGGCCGCGCAUGUACGAGACGCGCACGGCGUUGUGCCCUUACGCCAGCUUCGUGCGCUACCUGUCCAAGCGCAACCCCCUGUGCCGAGCUUUCUUCCAGCGGCCACGCGAUGCCUGCAGCCCGGCCGACGGCACCUGGUUCGAAAACAAGGCCGUCGGGAAGAACCUUCUGGGCACACGCAUGCAGAUGCUGUCGCGCGCCGCCAAACUGUCCAGGACGUACACUAACCACUCCAUCGGCGCCGUCUCCAUAGCAACGCUCGACAGCAUCGUGGGCGGUGCUGUGGCGACAGACGACACAGGCGGCAGCGAGCGUUUUCUGGUUGCUGUGGCAACGCAACGCGCUACCACGGGUGCUCAGAUCGGAGGUCUUUCUUCUCCUCACCUCAAAGGACCCCGAGAAGCCAGAGACAGACGCGCGCAUGCGCAACAUCGUGUUCACCCCACCGUCACCCAGCUAGCCACAGCUAACAGGCCUGGAGGUGGCAGACAAAGUGCUGAUCGAGAGUGUUAUGUAUCCCAGGACAGCGACGGGCAGACUUCAGCGUCCCCGCCCGGUUCGCCUGGCGUCCCCACGCUGGCUCAGCUGAGCAAAGCCAACGCCCCGGUCCACGUUGACGUGGGAGGUCACACGUACACCAGCAGCUUGGAAACCCUCAGAAAGUACCCCGACUCACGCAGGAUCGGGCGACUGUUCGACGGAAGCGAGCCCAUCGUGCUUGAUGGUCUCCGGCAGAACUACUUUAUCGACCGAGACGGUGCCAUGUUCCGCUACAUCCUCAACUUUCUACGUACCUCCAAGCUUCUCCUCCCGGACGACUUCAACGAGUAUGCUUUGCUGUAUGAGGAAGCCUCCUUCUUCCAACUGGCUCCUCUGCAGGAGGAACUUCGGCGCUGGCGCAGCAGGCAGGAAAACGAGAGUGCGCUGCCGUGGGAGUGCGUAGUGGUUCACGUGGCUCAAGACCCGCGCGAGAGGAUCGAUGUGAGCGGUCACCGAACCACCCUGGAGGAGGUCUUCCCGGAAGUCAGAGCGUUAGCAUGCGAGUCUGGAAACGACAGACCAGAGAACAACGACUCACACAUCCGUCGCUUCCCUCUCGACGACCACUGCAGUCUCACCUCUGUCCAGGUGCUGGAGCGCUUCCAACAAAGAGGAUUCCGGGUGACCAGUUCGUGCGGCAGUGCCGAAGCCUCCUCAUGCUUCAACCAGUACCUGUUAGGCCGGGCGAGCGGCCGGCACCCUAUCGCAUGCAUCAAACGCGAAGAGCUGUAAGACUGCUUCUGUCAACCCUGGAAUGACUAUGAUGUCAUGUGACAGGAAGCCCAGCACAAAA